AUGACGAAACGAGCCGCGGGACAUCGUGGCAACUCGACCAGGUCGAUUUUGAUCGGCUUGGCCAUCAGUCUGGCAGGUCUAAUAUGGGUUCCGGGCAGAUUCGUGUACGGCAUCGACACGGGAAUCAUUGCUUCGACUAUCGCCCAGGCCACGUUCAAAUCCUACAUGUAUGGCCCGACGUUGGAAAAUGUCGCUGUCAAAGGUGGCAUUGUCUCUGGUUACUAUGCUGGAUACGCCUUUGGUAGCGGUGGCGCUGCGUACUGCAUGGACAAGAUGUCGCGACGCUGGACCCUCCUUUUCGGCGCAACUGUCAGCGUUAUAGGCGCCAUACUACAAACCGCAGCUCAGAACCCAGCUAUGAUGAUUGUUGGGCGCGCUUUCUCGGGCUUUUCAACCGGCAUGGUUUACCCGACUGCCCCAGUAUACCUGGCCGAGCUCUCACCACCCGAGAAUCGCGGGUUUCUUGUCGGUUAUGCAGGGUCUUUUGCGGUCGGUGACCUUCAAUGGCGAAUCCCGCUCGCGACGCAAAUCCCCCCUGCACUAUUGCUGGCCAUCAUGACCAUCUUCCUGCCAUGCUCCCCACGCUGGCUGGCGUCAAAAGAGCGAUACGAUGAAGCCAAGAAAGUCAUGUACUCGCUCCACGCCCACCGCGGUUCCGAGGUGCUCGAGGCCGAAUUCGCUGAAAUGUGCAGCCAAAUCCAGCUCGAAGCAAGCACUAGGAGCCAGGCCAGGUUCACCAACUUGUUUACUCGCAAGUACAUCCGCCGUACCCUGCUGGCCUGCUUGACCGUCAACAUGAUGAAGCUCUCUGGAUCAAACAUUAUCCAAAACUACCAGUCCAUCAUGUACAACUCUCUGGGUUAUGAAGGACAGACCGUGCUUCUCAUCGGUGCCCUUUACGGAUUCAUGGCUGUUGUUGGCCAAAUCAUCAAUGUCUUUUUCGUUGCGGACCACUGGACCCGACGAACUACAGUCAUUGCAGGAAGCUACUCCCUCGCUCUCCUACUUUCAGUUUUGACAGCACUGUCAAAGUACUUCCAAGACGAUCACAAUCCUGCGGGCUCACGCGCGGGAGUUGCGUUCAUCUUCUUGUUCGCGUUUGCAUACUCAUUCUACUUCAACAGUGUGAACUGGGUUCUCGUUGCGGAAAUCUUCCCGCUCGACCUCCGUGGAGUCGGUGUCGGUUUCUCGGUUUUCACGCAGGCCGUCACAGCAAUCUGGCUUUCCUACGCGGCAUCUUAUGCUUUCGACGCCAUCGCAUGGAAAUUCUAUUUCGUGUUCAUCGCCUGCAACGUGUUUGCGGGAACCAUCUAUUUCUUCUUCCUCCCGGAAACUCGCUUCCUUACUCUUGAAGAGGUCGCAGCUCAGUUUGGUGAUUCUGAGGUUCUGAUGGACCAUGUUGAGAAGCCGCGAACAUGA